CGGCCGCCGGCGCCGCGCCGCUCGGGGAGAGCGCGCUCCCCGCUUUACGGCUGCUGAAAACCUCCCUCGGCGAGCGCGGGGCAGCCGUACGGCGCCGGGGCACCCGGGGCGGGCAGAUCUCUUGUCUGGACAUUGGAAAUAACUUUGGAUGAUUCUGGGCUUCUUUUUGUUGACCCAGGGUAUGUUGUAUGCUUAUAGUACAUAUUGCUGCUUGUAAACAUAUCAAAAGUUGAUUCUUGGAAGAAACCAGAGAUUCCUCUAAGCGGGUGAAUUUAGGAGAAUCAGAAUUCUCUGGAAUUGUACAGUUGGCUUGUUUCUGUACCUCUGGAUCAUGACUGACUAGUAUCAUAACUUAGCGGCUAUUUUCCCCUUGAUACACAUAUAGAAUUAGCAUAGAGGCCAGAUUGAAAAUAUGCCGUCGUGAAAAAGCCUUUACCAAACUGAUCCCGUCUUGGCUUUAAGGCUCCUGCUUACAAAUCACCUGACAAAAAUACCAUGAAGAAGUAGUUGUGCGACAUGUGCUCGUCCGUCACUCCGGUUAUUCCACAGCAGCUUUCCAGCGAGCAAGUUGGGAAAUAAGACCGGCUUUCCAGUGGAAGCUCCUUAGGAUAAAAAGAUGGCUUAUCACAAAGUGAAUGCAGACCAGAGAGCACAGGGGCACUCUCCGUACCUUGACAACGAUGAGCUCCAAGCCACAGCGCUGGAACUGGAAUGGGACAUGGAAAAAGAGCUGGAGGAGCCUGGCUUUGACCAUUUCCGACUGGAUGGUGCGGUCCAGCAUCACCUCGGAAACUCGCAGAGCCCUGACCUUGAUCUGGAGCCCAUCCAGCCAUCAUCUUCUCCAAAGGGAAGAUUCCAGCGGCUUCAGGAGGACCCUGACUACAUCUCACAUUAUACGAGACAGGCACCAAAGAGCAACCGCUGCAAUUUUUUUCAGAUACUGAAAGUAUUUUGCACUGCUUUGAUUUUAUUUAUUUUUGGAAUUGUGAUAGGAUAUUAUGCACGCAAGAAAUGCCUUUCUCCCCCAUCAUCUCAAGAACCAAAUAACCUUCAUAUCUACCAUGAAAUUCUCAAGGAAAUCAAAGCUGAAAAUAUUCACCAGAUCUACAGAGAUUUGUUACAGUUCCCUAGAGAAGAUGAUGUAGACAUUGCAAUGAAAAUUCUGGUUCAGUGGAGAUCCCAAGGCCUUGAAGAUGUCCGGCUGGUAAAUUACUCUGUUUUGCUUGACCUACCAGGCUCUUCUUCAAACACAGUAACUCUGAAAAACAGCGGUGAAUGCUUUUAUCCUAAUGGACAACAGUGCAACAGAGAAACCAAAAUGCUUCAUAGCCAAGACCUCCUGUACUCGUAUGCAGCUUACUCUGCCAAAGGAACACUUGAGGCAGAACUUGUUGAUAUACAGUAUGGGACUGUGGAAGACUUGAUUCGGAUUCAAGCCAUUACAAAUGUGACCAAAAAAUUUGCACUUUUGAAGCUGGGACAAUCACCUUUGCUUUAUAAGCUUUCUCUGUUAGAAGAUGCAGGGUUUGGCGGUGUUCUUCUUUACAUUGAUCCUUGUGACUUACCAAAGGCUACAGAUCUUGCUGAUAAAGCUUUUAUGGUUUCCUUGAACAGUGGAGGAGAUCCAUCAACACCUGGUUAUGCCAGUAUUGAUGGAAGCUACAGACAAAAGCGACUGAACCUCACAACACUGUUAGUACAACCAAUUUCUACAGCGUUUGCCAAAAAACUCAUUUCCUUACCUGAGGACACUGUCCAAAAAGAUAGGUGUAUACCUCUCCAACUGCCAGCUACAGGCAAAAAAAUAAUCGGUCUGAAUAUUCAAUCAGUCACAACUUACAAGCCAAUUUCUAAUGUUAUUGGAUAUUUAAAAGGAACUGUAUUCCCUGACAGAUACAUCAUCAUCGGUAGUCAUCACCACGGUUGGAAUACUUAUGGUGGACAAGAAUGGGCCAGUAGCACUGCUAUCAUCACAGCAUUUAUACAAGCCUUGAUGUUGAAGGUUAAGAGAGGCUGGAGACCUGAUCGGACCAUUGUUUUCUGCUCAUGGGGAGGAACAUCAUUUGGGAACAUUGGUUCCUAUGAAUGGGCAGAGGAUCUCAAGAGAGUUCUUCAAAGAAAUGUUGUGGCUUACAUUAGCCUCCAUAAUCCAGUCAGAGGCAACUCAACUUUACACCCUGUUGCAUCCCCUUCUCUUCAGCAACUGGCAGCAGAGAGCCAGAGCUUCAGCUGUGUGGAAAAGACUAAAUGCUCAGGAUCCAAUGUGAGUUCUGUGCAGAUACAAGGAGAUUCAGAUUAUUUCAUCAACCACCUUGGAGUACCUGCCAUGCAGUUUUCUUAUGAGGACAUCAAAACAUCAGAGAAUUCUAGCUUUCUCUCCGAAGCUCUUUUCCCUGUACAUACAACAAAAACUGAAGAGCUGGAUCCAUCCUUCAGCCUGCAUGAGACCAUUGCAAAGCUAACAGGACAAGUGACUUUGCAAAUUGCCAAUGAACCAGUUUUGCCGUUUAAUGCCCUCGACAUCGCAUUAGAAGUUCAGAACAGUCUUAAAGGUGAUGAAGUAGACGUUCCUCAGCUGCUUGCAGUGGCAUCACGUCUGAGGGACACCGCAGAAUUGUUCCAAUCAGAUGAGAUGCGCCCAGCUAAUGACCCCAAGGAGCGAGCUCCUAUCAGAGUCAGGAUGCUCAAUGAUGUGCUACAAAGCUUGGAGAAAAGUUUCCUGGUUCAUCGAGCUCCUCCAGGACUCUACAGAAAUAUUCUCUACAGACUAGAUGAAAGGACAAGCCAGUUUUCAGUCCUGCUAGAGGCACUGGAGCACUGCAAACUACAUCAGUCAAAUGAGACCAUUCAAGCAGCCUUGUCAGAGGUGCUGAACAGCAUCAAUUCAGCUCAGGUUUACUUCAAAGCAGGACUUGAUGUGUUUGAGACUACCUUAGCUGGAAAGAAAUGAAAGGAUUCUCUGCAUUCUAAGACGUUUGUUUACAACUCGCUAAACAAAAGUUCGACUUGGACCAGAAUUUCUCUGAGGAUGAAACCUUUCUCAACUUUUUUUUCAGUUGGCGCUUAAAGGUACUGCAAUGCGUGUUUUUCUAAAUAUAAAACAGUCUUUUGCACUGUUCACAGUAUAUCUCAAAUGUCUGUUUCUGAAUGUAUAAAACAUCAUGGGAGGGAAUAACACUUAAGAUAUGAUUUUUAGAAGGAGAUCUGCUGUAUUUUUGUAUGUAAAAUAUAUUUUUAGGACUAAGAGCUCAAUCUUGCAAAGUACCGAGCAUGUCCUGCAAUAUGCUGAAGACCUGGUUCUGAGACACCCCAGAUGUAUACCCAGGUGAAUUUUCCAUGCCUGGUCUGUCAGAAAAAUGUGACUUAAGUAUACUCCUGUGUUUCUUAACUUCCUCAGCAAUCUCAUAUUCUUCCUUACUCCUUUCAGAGUAAGUAGUUGAAGGAUGUGGCGUUUCCUUAGGUAUCCAGUGCUGGAGUUAAUCAGGAAACGCACAAAACACCCUUACUAGUGCAAUCCAACACCUUUACUCCUGUGGAACAAUAAAUACCUCAAUUCUGAGAAUACAGAUAAACUUUGAUUAUCCCAUUUCUGUAUGAAAAAGAGUUGUUUUCUCUAGUAAUUCUUGGAGAGAAAAUUUUUGUGAUGAUUUCAAAUUAUUUGAAAAGUAGUUACACUUGUACAAAGAUACUUUGAUUCUUUAUGUUAAAUAAAAGAACUGCCUAGUCUUUUAAGGCUACAGGCCUUAUGAGCUUAUAUAUCGUCAAAACAGCCCACUUUAAGGUCUCCCUAAAUUUCCAGAGAGCAGUAAAUGAAAACAAGACCUCAAAGUUCUAGGAACAUUUUUGGGAUUCCACCACUUGGCCACACCACCCACUGGUCCAGGCUGGAUCGUUUCAUCAGUAGUGGCCAGCAUAUAGGAACUGGAUUGUUGUCAAAACAAGCACAAGGAAAACAUAAAUUCAUUCCCUACUGCAGAACCAGGAAUUCACCUCUGAAGGCACAAGCUGAUGAAGCAUAUUGCAGGGGUAGAACUCAAAUCUGUUUUGCAUUGGUGGAAGCCCUGUACAAAGACCCUAAUCACACCAUUACCUUGUUGGCCUGAAGUAAUCUGUGAAUGAAAGGAUCAGGAUGUUCAGUGUCCUAACCUCUAAGGGGAUAAUAUACACACUUGAGAACUGCAGGUCUUAAAAAUAUAAACAAUUGAAAUUGUUAAGCCCUAUUGGGUUUAGAGUUUUACAAUCUCAGAUGAUUCUGGGGUUAGAGCUUAAAAAAUUAAUUUUAUAUAGAUACUUAGAAUUGAAAUAUAAUUUAUUUGAUGAAAACGUUAAAUGUAUUGUUGCCCAGUUUGCCAUGGAAACAUUACAGAAACAUUUAAGUUUACAAUAAAAAUGGAAAAAGUAUCUGUAUUAAUGUAAAAAAAUUGCCUUCUGGAAAAUUUCAAAGUGCACAAUUUGGUGAAAGACUUUUUAAAGUGUGUGUUCACACAGCAAGAAAUGAGAGUUGUUUACAGAUCUGGGUUUCUGUUUCCAAAAGUCCUUGGCAAAUGGGCCUCUGUGAGCAAUGACCUGGGACUGGGUACACACAGCUAUGUUGUUGCUACAUUUCUUUGCAAGUUAUCAUCAUAACAUGGGCAAAAGCAUCCCGAGUCUGACCAGAGGUGGAGCUAUGCAGUUGUACAGCUACAACCAAAGUGGGAAUAUGUUCAACAUCAGUCAGCAUGACUGCAUGAACUUAGACAUGGUUAUCUCCUAUUUUUACUUGGCAUCUGAUAAGCAAGAGUAUAUGAUUAUUCUUUUGCUAAUGCUGGUACCAAUUCUGUUUAUUGCAGAGAGAAUUUGACUUCUGAAGAGUAACAUUUUUUAUGAUACUACAAUGUCAUUCAUCUCCUUGUUUCCAUGGGUUUUAUUAUUGUAAUACUUAAAUGGUUGGAAUGGUCACAUUUGAGUUGUAUGUUUAUUUUGUGAUAGUAUUUGGGGAGGUACUGUGCACAUUACAUUUGAAUUGUAUUUUCUAAUAGGGACUACUCUUCUAACAGUUUGUUUAUUAAUAUAUUUUCUUUAGAGUGCUGACUCGCUGUGGAGCCAACGUCUAUGGUCUUAAAUGAUAUAGGGUCAGGUGCCAUUAUGAGACCAAAAAUAGAGACUAACGCUUCCUUUAACUCUGCCAGGUGAAUUUAAUAACUGCUUCCUCAGUCUCAGUAUGUACAUUCCACCAAAACCACCUCUAAUGUAACCAAAGUGUACUCAUGCAAAAUCAGUGAGAUCUGUUGGGAAGAGUUUCCCUCAUGUAUGAUUUCUCAACCACGUAAUUCCUCACUAAAACAUUUAUCUUGUUUUCUCAUGAAUGUCCUUCUAUAACCGCUUUAAAACCACAGACUUCAAAAUACUCCACACAAAAAGCAUUGCUACUAUAAAUGCCUAUCUAUUCUAGAGACAAUCAUAUGUUCUUGUUGGUGAGAUGAAUCAGAUGAGCUAUUUAGGGACUUAAAUGCAUUGAUUUCAAUGUCAUCUCACACUUCUAGAUCUCUAGGCUUUUAUUUCAAAUGUUCAGAUCUUACAUAUAAGCGAGUGCUCAGUGAUAAUAUUUGCACCAUUAUAGCUUUGGAAAAGGCACUUUUGAGCCAUAUCCUUCCAUUGAUUUUUAAAUCCUACCUAUUGACUUCAAAGAAUUUAUAGCAAGUUAAGGUCCUAAAUACCUGGUAUGUUUCUAACAUAGAAUUUUUGCCCAGCCAACUGUGGAACAUCAGCUAAAGGAAGGUGUUAGUAAAUCAUAGUAGCUUACCCAGAUUGAAUUUAUUCCUAUAUUGUGUUGAAAUAAAUGGAGCGCCCUUAAAGGCAGAAGUAUGUUUGCAAAUUGCAUGAAUGAUACUAAAAAUUUGUUACCUUUUCAGAAACAUCAGCUGCCAGAGACAAUAUAACAAAUGCAUUGAUUGCUAAGUAAUCUAGAGUCAUGCUCACAGUGACCAGAAAAUCCCUGCAGCUUGAAAUAUUUGUAUGUUGAGACAGUUGAUAAUAAAAGGCUAAUAAGAUUUUAUUAGUGCAUAUUUUAAAGAGUCCAUAAAGAAGCUAAAGUACAAUCAACUCAGAUGAAUAAUAAGUAAAUGGGAGCUGGGUUUUGAGUACUAGCCUUAAAAAAGGCAGUGAAUUGCUUUUAUCAUCCAAGAAAACAGUAUUUGUGUGAAUACGCAAGCACACAAAUACGCAAACACCUUGUAUCUUCAAAACAUUGUACAAACACUAAUUUACUUCCAGUGAUAUGACACAUCUACAUAAAUAUAGAUGAAAAUAAUGACUACAUGAGAAAAUUAACAAACGCUUUACACUGCCUCACUUACCUUUUAGGAAACUAUUUCAGUCUAGAGGUGUAAAAGGUGGCACCUCAGCUGACCUCAGUUCUCGCAGCAGUAGGUGGACACAUCUACUAUGUUAAAUCUCUCGUGAAUCACACCUCUGGAGGUCAUCUAGUCCAACCUCCCUGCUCAGGCAGGAUCACUUGGAGCCAGUUGCCCAGAAGGGACUAUGAUCAGAUUAUUUUUGAAUAGUUUGCAGGGAUGGAGAUUCCACAACCUCUCUGGGCAGCCUGGGUCAGUGCUUGGUCACCCUCACAGAGAUAAAGUGUUUCCUUCUUCUGUAGAUAUAGUUUCUCCAAAUCUCUUGCUAUAUUUCUUAGUUGUUAAAUUAUUGUAAUUUGUUUACUUGCAAACAUUCAAAAGAUCACCAUCAUUUCAUUCAGUGAAAACUCUUGGCCAAGGUCUCUAGGAUUUCACAGUUAAUAUGUUGGAAAGUUUGUAUAAGGAGAUUGGUCUUUCAAGCCAUGGGGUUUAUUUUUAAGUUGUAGAGACUAAUGUCUUUACCUUUUGAGAUCACAGGAUUUCUAUCUACAUUAAAAGAGUGAUUGAGAACAAAAGAUGUAUUAGAAAAUGCAGGGAGGAAAAAUACCCAUCAGCAUAUGCAUAGCUAUGUGCUAUGAAUGUGUCUGUUUUAACCAAACUUUGGGAGCUCAGUGCAAUUCUAUGGCUUGUGUUGUGCAGAAAGUCAGGCAAGAUAAUUGUAUGGGUCAUUCUGGCUUUAAAAGCUAUUAAAUACUAUAAAAAUAGUUACGUCUAGGCCUGUAUUCCCAAGGGAGCAGUUAAGAGUUUCCUCAAAAGCCUUGUGUUGCAAGCUGUUAUCUGUUACUCAGAAAUGGGUACCUCUGACAUACAUUACAGUUGCUAUCUCAGGAAACAAGCAUAUGUGGAGGAUGUUCUUUCCCUUUAGCACUCUAUAACAUUUUAGCAGUAUUCUGCUAGUCACAGAAAGGUGAGUGAUAGGAAACAAAUUAAUUUUAAGAUGUUUGGGACCUGAAUUUUGAAAACAGGUAGCCUUAUGCAGAACUAGAAAAGUUCAAAAUAUAGUAAGGUGUCUUCUGUUGGAGGUCUAAGUCUACAAAACUUGGGAUAGAGACUCCAGUAUGGCAAGUAAAUGUCUCAGAAAUAUAGAAUACACAAUUAAUUAUUGUCUAUUAAAGGUUAUAUUAAUGGUAAAAAUUACUUGCCUACCAAUGCAGGGAUAGGAUUUCAUCACCCCAGACAGUUUUUGGUGGCUUUAAACAUCAGACUGUCUUUUCUCCCUCUGCUACCAUCUUCUCCAACUCCCUGCAUUCAACUUUUUUCACAUCCUCAUGCCAUGUCAUGACUUUCCCCAUUUCCUCACCACCUUUUUCUCAAUCAUUCCCACUAGUUUUCAGUCUCCAUUCUGGUUCCUUAUUACUUCUUACCAACUAUCACUUCUUAGUCUCCCCUUUAAUUCACCAACCACCAAGUUAAUCCCUCUCUUUUCUCCCUCUGCAGUCAGUCAUGCCUUUUGUUCCCCAUCCGGUGCCAGUUUCGUUAGCCAGUCAUUUCCAUUUUCCUAUUACAUCAGUUCCCUGAUUUUCUGCCACCUGUCCUGGUGCUAUGAGACUUUUUCCCAAUGUGCUUCAUCUGUCCACCUCUAGACCUUCCCCUCUGUGUUUGAAUCUGUUCAACUUCUUUGCCCAUUCUGCUUGGGCAUGGUGGAAAAUUGCAGGGUGAUAGAUCAACUCACCUCCCUUAAGUUUAGAUUCUUAUUCCUGCUACAGCUGACCAUAAUAAAGAGCUGAAAGUCAUGGAAAAGUCCUGCUCAGACCCAAAUGGGUAAAACAUAAGGAGACAUCAUCCGUUAAAUUCAAAGUUGUCUCUUCUGAGUAUGUGCAAACAGCAAUUUUUCAAUUAUAACUUGAUUGAAUGGAAGCAGAUUUUCUUGGGGCCUGCAAAGUUUUUUUUCUUAGCUGCUUUGUCUCUAAUAUUUGGACCAGGACAUUCCUUCAAAAAUAGCAGUGUGGGCAGGUGAUAAUCUUGAAAGUUUUGAAAUAAACUUUUUGAAGUUGGAUGAAUAAGAAAUGAUAGACAAACUUAAUCAGAGCUGGCACUACCUACUACCUGCCUACAAAAUAAAAUAAGCAGUAUGUAAGCAUGUAAUUUUUUUCUGACCUUGUGCAUGCCAUCCAGUACCUUUCAUUACAUGAUGGCUACAUACGAAAGUUAUGCGUGUAAAUAUCCGAGUAUGAAAAGAUGGUUAGAGCAGAAGCAAAACUUGGUUACUGUAUUGCAAAGUUUAAGUGAUUAAGGAUGAUAAAGACUCAAGCCAUAUGCACAAAUCUGCACUUGAACAUGCACACUUGAACACAGGAAGUGCCUAAAAAUAAUGAAUACUCAUCUAGGAAGCAAAGGAUUUAAGAAUAUCUAAAUUAGACUUUGUUUACUAAAACUACGGUGCUAUCAAACCAGACAUUUUUUCUUCCUGAUUUUAAUCCCAUUGCCCCUGGUUAUUUAUGCUAUUGCUCAUACACACUUGUCAUAAUUGGAGACUAUGUAUUCCUGCAGAUUUAGAUUUACUGAAAGAUUAUGUUCCCCCUCAGUUUUACUGACCUGGUCUGGUUUUUUUUCAGCAGAGUUGACUUUACUGUGACUGCUUAUCAGGGUACAAUUCCACAUGAGUGAGGUCAGCAGAAUUUGGCCACUAUUUAUGGAAUUCCCCAAAAGAUUUGGUAUUAGGACAUUGUUUAUUUGUGUUUAGUCUAUUUAAUCUCUCAACAUAGAUUAUUACAAGCAAGGGUAUAUUUUUGAAAAAAUGGACAGAUGUCUCUUGGUCAAUGUUAAGUAAACCCACAGGGCAGAAUAUAAAUGUGUAUGUACAAGUGUUGUAUUAUAAUCUAGUGUUAACUUAAUAGUUAUUAUAAAUGUUGGCACGGAUUAAUGCACACAUUCUCUUAUGAGCUUCACAGAUUGAAAUUAAUACAAGAGCUUAAUUUAAGAAAUGUAAUCAGAAUGUAGGUGUGGAACAACUUUUUUUGCUGUGUAAAUGUAGUAUAUGCUUACUUGUCUGCCUAAUCCAUUUGGUUAAAAAAGAGUAGGGUUUUGUUUAAGCUACUUUUCUCUGAUUUAUUUUCCAACAAGCUUUUCAAAAUGAAGUCUUGCUCUUUAUUUUUCUUUUAAAUGUGUGCUAUCUUUAGUGUUUAUGGAAAGCUUAUCACAUGUUAAGACAGCGUAAUGUCUUCUUGUCUGAUCAUUCCUGGAUUAUGUGAUAGAAUUAAAAGUGGUAUUUCAAAGCAUGGUCUUUGGAAGAACGUCCUUUACUGACCAGUUAAUUGUAUAUGAGAUUAUAUGCUUGAGUGGCUGUCUUUAACCAUGCAGUGGUAUAGGUAUGCAAUAUGAUGCUUCAAGGCACUAAUUUAAUAGACUUUUUUUUUUUAAUAGUAUUGCAGAGACCUGCUAAUUUUCCCCCACUUGAAACUCUUCUCUCCUGAGCAUAUUGGUAAUAUAGCAAUGUAAUACCAAGUUCUGUUAGCACCUGCUACAAGCUGUUCCUACAGGUGGCAUGUUAGGGGGUUGUCUGAGCUGUCAGUCUAUUUCCACAAUUUUUAAUUAGUGUCUCUUGUAGCCUCGCUCAGCUUUUAUGUAGCACAGUCCUGGUACUGGUCUGAAUGACACCAAGGUGAGUUGGAUAGGUCUGAUGAAUGUGUUAGCUUGUGACAGAAACUGCUGUUGCACCCUAUCCUUAAAAAGUUAUGUAUAAUACCUGGUAAGUGCUUCCCAAACUUCUGGUGUUUUCAGUCUGUAUACUAGGGAUCCUGAAAAAGUACUGGAACACUGGAGGUUUUUUCAUGCAGUCUCAUUUCCUGUUCUCAAUAGCUGAAACAUCUUGUAGUCUAUGAAUCCACUAGAGGAGAAAUAAGGAGAUGCUUAAUAUUUCAUACUUAAAGCAGGUAAGAUGAAUACAAAUUCUCUUCACUUUCCAUUUGCAGUUUAUGCAAGUUAAUAUGCAACAUACUCUUAUCACAUAUAUUAUGAUUUGGUAUUCUGAGACAAAUGGAAAAUGAAUGUGACUCUAUGCAGAGGAAGUAUAAUGAAUUCAGGGAGCAGUUCACAUUCAAGUAUCUUAACUAUUUGCAUACAGUGAGAAAAAGCACAAGUGAAGAUACUUGGAGCAGAUAUUUUGGGGGGGUUUAGUACAGGUCUGGAAAACAAUAUUCUUCUGCAUAAGGCUAGAUUUUAGCAUUGCAUUAAUACCUAGCUGCAUGGUAAUGAAUUGUACGUCCUCAUUGCUGUACCUUUGAGGAUUAAUGUUCAAAUGCUGUUUUCAGUGAUCGUGUUUGUCUCAAUACGAACUAUUAUAUGAACUAUUACUUUUAUAUCAUGUAACAACUUACAGAGUUUACCUAAUUGGAUGGAAUAUGCAAGUAUUUCUGCCUUUUGUAUGCAAAAGAGCAGCUGUCAAGUUGUGUUAUCUUUGUCAAGCUUUGACAUAGAAUGUGAGAUGCCUGAAUGAUGACUCCUUCAUUCCAUCUACUUCUAAAUUUUCAUGUAGUAAAAUCAAGUUGCCACAACUGAUAGCUAGUCAAUUCAGAAUAUUAAGUAACUAGGGUUUUGACCAUGCAGUAAUAUAAACUUGACACAGUGAUUCCUGGAAACCAAUAAAUAUCAUGUUAUGUGGAAAUGUGCAAUGAAAUGUUGAUUUUUAUAACACAGUAUAGAAAGUUCAGUCUGAAUAAAACAGCUUAUUUGCAAAA